AUUUUAGUCGGGAUCGGCCUGCGACUGCAAACUGAUAUCAGACCGUAUUUUCUCUGUUGUUCACACAACGUUAUGAAUCCGUUGACUAAAACUAAGCAGUAUGGACUAUUGGUGCCAAAAAAGAAACAGUCAACAUUCAAAGUAUCAAAUGUAUUUGGAGAUGACAGCGAUGAGGAAACGCCAAAACAAGAAAUCAACUCAAGUCUUCAGAAGUCUUCAUUGCAGGCCAAACUCAAGAGACAGACUCAGCUUGAAAUAGACAAAGCUCUUGAAGCCGACCCUACAGUGUAUGAAUAUGACAGUAUAUAUGAUGAUCUUCAAGCCAAGAAAGAAGAGAAGGACCAAUCUGUCAAACAGAAGAAAGAUAAAAAGCCCAAGUACAUAGCAGGUUUGCUAAAGGCUGCAGAAGAAAGGAAGAGAGAGGAUGAAAGACGAGCAGAGAAAAAGGUUCAGAAAGAAAGAGAGAAGGAGGGCGGAGAAUUUGAUGACAAGGAAGUGUUUGUAACGGGAGCCUACCGCAAAAAGAUGCAGGAAAUGCAGGCACUAGAGGAGAAAGAGCGGAGAGAAGCAGCUAUGGAAGAGUUGUUAGAUGUAAAGAAACAGAGGGAUAUGAGUGGUUUCUAUCGCUACAUGUUAAAUGAGCAAAGUGGAGGAGUCACAUCAACAGCAACUCAGGAAUCGGAUUCAACGACAGUCCAGGUGAAGAAAGAACCUGAUAGUCCAGAACGGUCGGAAUUCAGUGGAUCAGGGGGAAAAGAGAGUUCUCAAAAUGAAAGUUCACAGAGAGAUUACAGACACAGACUGACAUCAACGGAAAGAAGCAGGAGGUCUCCAUCGCAUAAUAGAGAAAGAAAAGGAAUGGACUCUGAUUCUGAUUCAGAGGACAAACACCCAAGAAGAAGAGACACGUCUGAAUUAAUAGACAGACAAAAGAAACGAAAACAUUCUCCAGAAUCUCAAAAACAUAAGGGGAGGUAUUCUCCGAAAUCACACAGAGACAGGAGUGAGAGUUCUAGUGAAAGAGAAAAUUGGAAAAAUAAACAGAGAUACAAAAGGGAGAGUGAUUCAGAUAGUGAGAAAGUCGGUCGAGACAGGAGGAAAAGAUCUAGAACAAAAGAACAUGAAGGCAGGCAUGAAAGUCCAAAGGACCCUAAACAGCAGGAUGAUAAAUAUGACAGGAAAAGUCUGCCAGAGGGAGAAGUCGACAAAAACGUUAAAUUGUCAGAGGAUACACAGAAAAAUACAGUGAAUAAGACAGGAGUUGUUUUAAAGAAAACUACAGAAUCCGCAGCAAGCGAAGCAAGAAAGAGAUAUUUAGAGAGAAAGCUGGCAAAGGAGAAAGUGAAAUUGAUAAGUCAGCAAGAAUAACAAUAUAUAUAUAUAAUAUUGUGAAGUAAUAUAGGGUAGUCUAUUUUCAUAUUGUGCUCAAUAAAUUUCAAAUUGUUUACAAGUA